GUGACGCAUUCAUCGCACCGAUCGAGCAGUGGCACGCGCCGAGCCCAGCACGGCGAUCGUCACCGUCGACGCGCGCACCGGCGCCGCCGCGCGGCCGCGACGCGACCCGGCUUCAUCCCGGCGAAGAGGAAGGCGGAAACGGAGAUGGGGACGCCGUCGCCGCCGGACGUGAUGGACCAGUACGCGGAGACGGCCAAGGAGAGGAGGCAGGAGGAGAAGCUCAAGAACCUCGACGACUGGCUGCCCAUCACCUCGUCGCGCACGGCCAAGUGGUACUACUCGGCCUUCCACAACGUCACCGCCAUGGUCGGCGCUGGCGUGCUCGGCCUCCCGUUCGCCAUGUCGCAGCUCGGAUGGGGCCUCGGCACGGUGGUGAUCGUGAUGUCGUUCGUGAUCACCCUCUACACCCUCUGGCAGAUGGUGGAGAUGCACGAGAUGGUCCCGGGCAAGCGCUUCGACCGGUACCACGAGCUCGGGCAGCACGCGUUCGGCCAGCGGCUGGGUCUCUGGAUCAUCGUGCCGCAGCAGCUCAUCGUCGAGGUCGGCACCGACAUCGUCUACAUGGUCACCGGCGGGCAGUGCCUCCGCAAGUUCCACGACCUCGUCUGCCAGGGCCGCUGCAGGGACAUCCGCCUCACCUUCUGGAUCAUGAUCUUCGGCUCCGUCCACUUCCCGCUCUCCCAGUUCCCCAACUUCAACUCCAUCUCCGCCGUCUCCGCCGCCGCAGCCGUCAUGUCGCUCACCUACUCCAUGAUCGCCUUCUUCGCGUCGGCGGUGAAGGGCGCCCACGCCGCGGCCGCCGCCGACUACGGGCUCAGGGCGUCCACCGCGACGGGGCGCGCGUUCGGUGUGCUCAACGCGCUGGGCGCCGUGGCGUUUGCGUACGCGGGGCACAACGUGGUGCUGGAGAUCCAGGCCACCAUCCCGUCGACGCCGGAGACGCCGUCCAAGAGGCCCAUGUGGCGCGGCGUUGUGGUGGCCUACGCCAUCGUCGCGCUCUGCUACUUCUGCGUCGCCUUCGGCGGGUACUACGCCUUCGGAAGCUUGGUGGAGCCAAACGUGCUCAUCUCCCUAGAGAGGCCGCGGUGGCUUAUCGCCGCCGCCAACCUCAUGGUCGUCGUCCACGUCGUCGGCAGCUACCAGGUGUACGCCAUGCCGGUGUUCGACAUGAUCGAGACCUUGCUCGUCAAGAAGCACAAGUUCACCCCGGGGGUUCGGCUGCGAUUGAUCGCCCGCUCCGCCUAUGUCGCGGCGACGAUGUUCGUCGGCAUGACCUUCCCCUUCUUCGACGGCCUUCUCGGCUUCUUCGGCGGCUUCGGAUUUGCUCCAACGACAUACUACAUCCCUUGCAUCAUCUGGCUCAUGCUGCGCAAGCCAAAGAAGUACGGCCUCUCAUGGAGCAUCAACAUUAUCUGUAUCGUGAUAGGAGUGGUGCUGACGCUCAUCUCCCCCAUUGGAGGCCUGCGGCAGAUCAUCCUUGACGCCAAGAGCUUCAAGCUCUACUCUUAAGCAUCCAGGAUGAUAUCUAAAGAGAUGAGAUGAGAUGAGAAAAAGGGUGUUCUUUAUGAGGGCAGACUAUUUUUUUUUGUCUCGUUUUCAUUUUCGUUUAUCAUUAUAUCACUACUAUACUAUGGCACCAUCUAUGUAUCUGAAACAGAGUUAUUAU